CAACAACAAAAAUGCAACAAUUUAUAAAUAUUAAAUAUAUAAUAUUGAUUAGUAUGACUAUUGUAACAACAUCUAGGAUGACCACUUGUCAGACUGCACCGGAAUUUUUGGAUUUUGUAUUCAUGGCUCGCUGUCAUCGUUGUACAAGUGUAGUGGAAAAUGUGAUCGAAUUUUUUGUAUGUUUAAGUGGAGUUGAUUUUAAUUUGACGAAAAAAAUUAUGACAUUUCGCAAAAAAUAUCCAAACGAUCGAAACAAAUGUGUGGAACAAUCGCACGGAGCUAUACAACAGUUUGGCGACGACACUGAUAGAGGUGUUGUCGGUUCAGUAUUCAAUUGUGCUAUGAAUAGUCCAAUUGCCUACAAAUCCGUUGUCGAAUGUAUUAAUUCUAAAUCGAAUUCUCAAGAAAAAAAAUAAUUUAUGAC